ACAAAAUCCUGUGAUAUUCUGACGUGAAAUUUUGAAUCAGAAAAUGUGAUUUCUACGAACGGACACGUUUCACGGCUAUACAAUUGUCGUCUACAUAGUUUCAAAUAUGAAUUCUUUUGCGGACAAUCCAUUAUUUUUCUUCAUGGACAAUAUAUCGCCUAUAAUUUCUAUGAAAGCUAACAAAGAUAUACGGAAAAUCGUUGAAUUAUCGGACACAGGCUGUGACGCCAGAUUACCGGCAUUCAAAGCUUCGCGAAACACCGAUAGCUCUCACUCUCCAAAACUGUCCAGGAUGAAACAGAACGAAAAUUGGAAAUCUCAUUACGACGAGAAGAUUGAGAAGAAAUCUUACGGAGAAAGAUCUCGAGCAUCAAAUGGACUUGAUGCAGUGGAUACUGAAGAAUAUUUGUUUACUCUUAAAGAAGAUGAAACUAAUCAAUACUAUUGGCAAAGCUAUUCUCCACAAGAAGAUCUUAUGGAGAAUAUAGAAUUUAAAAGGAAACCAAAGUGCAGAGAUUUUAGAAGCAAAUUAAGAACAUCACCGGAUAGAUCAAGACCAAAUUCCUACAAACAAGAUAACAGUUUCUGCGAAAUGUCAAAUACUGUUCGAAAUAAUCCCAAAAUAGUACGUCAGAAUCUUUUAAAUGAUAUAAAAAAGGAGACUCUCUCGCAAUCCAAUCCAACGAGACCAAAAAAUGCUGGUGCUAAAUUAAAAUUUGUUCAUUCCAAUUGCCCCAGCAAAAGCCUGGAUCCUAACAUUAAUGAUCAAAUAAUUAUCAACAGGGAAAGAAUAGUUUCCACGAAACAAGAUUUUCCUGAAGGCUUCGUAUCCAAAGACAUUCCACGAAAUUCAUCGAGAAAUCAGAAAUCACAUUGGCAAAGAGUGAACGAUGUCGAAAAUCAUAUCGACGAAAUAUCGCAAAGAGAUCACAGAUUUUCCAGAUACAAUUCGAUAAACGAGAAUGCAGCGAAUUCGAAUGAAGUGUCCAGAGACUGGAUCGAACCGACUCCCAGCAGAAUUCGAUCCAGAACAUGUUCACCGCCUGUAGAACGACAAAAGAAGACGCGAUCUUUCUUGAAGAAUCUCUACGAGAAUUUAGAUCAAACUGAGACUCGGCAGGACAAUGAAAAUGAAAAUGACGAAUAUUUUAACUUUUCUAGAUUAAGAGACGUGAAAGAUAAUCGUUCUGUGGAUAGACAAUUUGUUGAUCGUGCAGUGGACAAAGACAGUUUGUCCGAUUUACAGAAUGUUUGUACGUCCGGCGAACAGUUUUCAAAGUUGGCAAAUCAGGUUGAGAAGAGCAACGUGAGAGCUAACUUUUGGGAAUUUAUUCCAUUGGACGAAAACGAUGAAAAGUAUAAAAAAAUUACUGAAAAUAAAGAGAUUACUUGCCCGUAUCAACAACAAGUUUCUUUAGACAAUAAAUCUUAUCCGAUUAUGAAGAGUUCAGCAAAGAAUAGCGACAUUCGCAGAUGGAAAGAUCGAUUUCUGCACAAGCAUUCUAAGAAAUCAGGAUCCUGUAAUGAUCCAUCCUUAAUAAAACCUCAAGUCACAUCGGAAAUUGAUAAUAAAGGAAACUUGUUCGCUUAUGCUCUCCGUAAUGAACAGUCAAACGAAGCAAAAGAAAAAUCGAAUCCCAAUUUCGACAAAGAUCGAGCUACGAGUCCGAAUGUCCAUAAAAAUUUUAAAAUGGUCGACUCUACGAAGAAUCAAAAACAAUGCAAGUACGAAUCGAUGAGUCAGAGUAAACUUGUGAGUAAAAUUACUUUUGGAUGGACAAACAAGACAAAUGGGUAUUUAAAGAGAUCAGGUAGCGUGUCGAAAGAUGAAAAUGAUGAUAAAAAGAAGAGAAUAACGAACGCUAGUAACACGUCGAGCGUUACCGACGAUCAGAAAGUUAGAACGAAUAUCGUAGAGAGAACAGCGGCCUGUUUGAAACGAAAAUUAGAUAGAUCGAAAAUCAGAGAAGUUUCCGCGUUCAAUCAACAUUCACCGAUAGUUGUGAAAAAGAAAAUUCGAUCUGAAGAAUUUGGUCACUCUAAAUUGCCGAUAAGAAUAGGAAAUCGUCUUAGAUCGAGCAAUCCAAUGACGAAAAAUCAGUUUAAUUUCAAGUACGUCUCCAGAGAGGAAAAUAAAGAGAUAGAGUCGGAAGAACCGAACGAAGAACCGUGUCGAUUCAGGUCGAUCUCGGUGAGAUCUCGGACAAAACCGAAAAUAAAACCGAGCGUGAUUGUAGGUGAAGCAAUUGACUUUGCCUCAAAAAAUUUUCAAAGUGAAGGAUUCAAUCCAGAAAAUAAAAUAAAAGUUAAGGAUUCUCUGGUAAAUGAUGCAAAAGCGGACUCGAAUUUAAUUGAAGAUCGUAUCGGUAACAUAACCGCGAAAGAAAAUUUAAAAAAUGAGAAGUCAGUGAUUAAUAUCGUGAAUGAGGACAAUACAAGGAAAAUGUUAAACGUUGAAGAAAAUGAACGAAAAUAUAUAAAUCGUGGGCGAGAAAUGGAUUAUAAAAAAGGUUUGACGAAGGAAAUGAUUGAUGGUACUCCAAGAAGUGGUGUUAAAGACAAGUGUUGUUUUCAUUUAAAUGCCGAGCAGAAUAUCAUGUAUAAUAAUUAUUGCAACAAGGAGCAUAAAAAUCUGGGUUCUUUUCGGUCGCGAAAACCCACGGAAAUCAAAACGCAAUUUUAGUUGAAAAAUCUUAAUCACUAAUAUUGUCAACUGUGCGUUCAGUAAUGGAUUUUCUUCUUCUUCACUUUUAUAGUCAUUCUAAUAAAAUUAUUCUUCAUUUCUUAAAUUUCUAACGCUAUUUGAAACGUAUUACAUCUUGUACGUAGAAGUUUUAUAGUCAUUUCUAGCA